AUGUCGAGCAAAUACCACUCCCCCUCCAACGCCCGGCCGUGGGCAGGCUCCCCAUACCGGCGGCGCCGCACCUUACUCCCGCUCGUCCUCCUCGCGCUCGCCGGCGCGCUCUACGUCUGGCUGUACGGACCCCCCGCCUUCCUCUCGCUCUCUCCCUCGCUGAAGGACAUCGGCUUCGGCUUCGCGCCCCCCAGCUCCUCGCGCGCGGGCCGCGUCGCGCAGGCGAAGCCGCAGCUCGCGGGCGAGGGCGCGCACGCGGACGUGCGCGAGAUCGACGCGCUCCUGCACUUCCUCGUCGCGCACCCCGAGCGGCGCCUCGACGAGGACACGGGCACGAUCCGCGUCGAGGGCCUCGGCAGCGUCGCGGUCGACGGCACGCAGCCCGUCGACCUGCGCGUGUACGCGCCCGACGGGGACUACGACUGGGUAGGGCACACGAAGCGCGUCAAGGAGCAGUACCCGCUCAUCGUGUUCAGCAAGACGUACUGCCCGUACUCGAUACGGGCGAAGGCGCUCCUGGCCUCGUACACCCUCGUGCCGGCGCCGAAGAUCGUCGAGAUUAACGUGCGCUCGGACGGGCCGCAGAUACAGUCGAUCUUGGCGCGGUUGACGGGGCGGUCGACUGUGCCCAAUAUCCUACUCCAGGGCACCUCUAUUGGCGGGUCAGACGAUGUUCAUCGUCUGCACGAUGAACAUCGUUUGGCGAAGACACUUGAGGAUGGCGGUGUUGAGGUGAAGGGAGAGCCCAAAACGACGCAGCCUCAGCGUCGCAGCUACCACAACGCAUGAGGAGUCCGCGGCUGCAGGCGAUAUUUAUGGGUUCACGGGAUCUACGGUAUCAUGGGAUGUACAAUAGGGAUUAUAAUGCGAAACUACCCAGCGAUCUUGAGCGAUCUGCAAUUUAUUAUACACGACUG